AUGAAAAAAAUCAUAACCUCUUCCACAACACCUCGAUGGAAGCAUGAUAUUUUCUUUAGUUUCUAUGGUAAAGACACUCGUAAGAGUUUUACGGAUCAUCUAUAUGUUGGUUUAAAACGGAAAGGCAUUCUCGUCUUCAAGGAUGACAAAACACUCAAGCGAGGAGAAUUCAUUUCUAAAGAGCUUUUGAAAGCAAUUCGAGAAUCCAUAUACGCAAUCAUCAUUAUUUCGAAAAACUAUGCAUCUUUCAAAUGGUGCCUCAUGGAACUUGCCGCGAUCGUUGAAUGGGCUAAGAAGACGGAGCUCACAAUUUUGCCCAUUUUCUAUCACGUGAAUCCUUCUGAUAUAAGAAAUCUGACAGUGUCUUUUGAAAAAGCUUUCGCUGCCCAUAAAAACAACCCCAAGGUUGGCGUCAAGAAGAUGCAGAAGUGGAAAAAUGCUUUCCGAGAAGUCGGCAAUAUUGCCGGAUGGGUUGUACAUGACAGUUACGAAUCAGCGUUGAUCCAAGAAAUUAGUAGAAAUAUAUCUCGUAAGUUGAAUUGUAGAUUCUCACGUCAUGAUUACGAGAAAUUUGUUGCUAUUAACUCUCGUGUAGAAGAAAUGCUGAACUUAAUGGAUAUGGAAUCAAAUGAUGUUCGCUUCAUAGGAAUUCAUGGGAUGGGUGGCGUUGGUAUCAUCCUUGAUGAUGUGGAUGGUGAAAAACAACUAAUGGCAUUAUCAGGGAGUCCGGAUUGGUUUGGUCCAGGGACUAGGAUGAUUAUAACAUGUAGAGAUAGUCAUCUGUUGAGAACACAUGAAGUGAAUGAUAUCUAUGAGGUUGAGCAGCUUCAAAUUGAUGAAGCAUUGCAACUCUUUAGUUUGUCGGCCUUCAAGAAAACCCAACCUACAGAGAAUUACAAGGAUCUAUCUAUGGAUUUUGUGAAUUAUGCUCAAGGUCUUCCUUUAGCUCUUAAAGUAUUGGGUUCCUUCUUAUUUGGGAGAACGAUAGUUGCCUGGAGAAGUGCUAGGAAUCAACUAGAGGCAAUUCCUAAUAAAGAAAUUAUGAAUAUACUUCAAAUAAGUUUUGAGGGGCUAGAGGAUUUGCAGAAAGAGUUGUUCUUGGAUAUGGCAUGUUUGUUCCAACGACACAGGCUAGAUAACAUGUUUUGCAGACAUUAG